CAGCUAAUCCAUUUGGGAGCAUGAACCAGUACUAACUCCUUAUCUCCUUGUUGAGUGGUCAUCAUCUAGAAGAUUGCAUCAAGAAGCAUCCUACAUAGAUCGAAUUCCUAGUAAAAGCUGAAAGCACACACACAUCAAGUAGGAAGGAGAUCAUGGUGGCCAAGGAGUUUGGGAGAGAAGUAAUAAGCAUGGACAAGGUGAAGACAGACGGAGAAGCGCUGAUCGCCGCCGGAGACGAGGAAGAAGACGACGUGGUGCUCCCAGGGUUCCGGUUCCACCCGACCGACGAGGAGCUCGUCACGUUCUACCUCCGCCGGAAGGUGGCGAGGAAGCCGCUCAGCAUAGAGAUCAUCAAGGAGAUGGACAUCUACAAGCAUGAUCCAUGGGACCUCCCUAAGGCGAGCACGGCUGGUGGAGAGAAGGAAUGGUACUUCUUCUGCCUGCGAGGGAGGAAGUACCGGAACAGCAUCAGGCCCAACAGGGUCACCGGCUCCGGGUUCUGGAAGGCGACCGGCAUCGACCGCCCCAUCUACUCCGCCACCAGCUCCGGCGAGUCCAUCGGGCUCAAGAAGUCCCUCGUGUACUACCGCGGCAGCGCCGGCAAGGGCACCAAGACCGACUGGAUGAUGCACGAGUUCCGCCUCCCGCCGGCUGCCACCGCCGCCAAUUCCUCCCCGAGCAUGCAAGAAGCGGAGGUGUGGACCAUCUGCAGGAUCUUCAAGAGGAACAUCACCUACAAGAGGCAGCAGCCGCAGCAGGUGUGGAGGCAGCCGGUGGCCACCGGCACCUGUCUGCCGCCGGCGGACUCGAGCUCGAACACGGGGAGCUUCGAGUCCGACGGCGGGGACGAGUACAUGAACUGCCUGCCGGCCGCCGCUCCGAGCGUGCCCCGGCAGCAUCACUUCAGCAAUCAGAUCAACAUGCUGAACGGAGGCGGCGGCGGCGGCUUCUUCAGGGACAGCGUGCACAGCCACCAGCAGUUUCAGGGGCAGUGGUUCAACUCCCUACCUGCGCCGGCAAUAGAGCAGAAGCCGCAGCUGAACUCGCCGGCGACGACCAUUGCGUUCCAUCAGAACGAUCAGAGCCUGGCCGCGAACGAUUGCUACAAAGACGGGUACUGGGACGAGAUUGCCAGGUUCAUGGAGGUCAAUGAUCCAGCAGUAUUUUACGACUGUAGAUAUGCUUGAUCGAUAGGGAGAUGCCUAGCUUCAUCUUCAGAGUUCAGACUCCAAGUUAGGGACUAGAUACACAGUAGUAUUCACCGAUCAGGAGCUCCAGUGUGCAAGACUGACAUGCAGGGCCCGUGCCGCAGAGGCCGCUAGUCAGUUAGAUUUUGCCUGCAAUCUGCUCCAAACAAGACUUGUGUUUUAUUUUCCUGAUUGAAUAUACACAUCAUAUCUGCUGUGACCAAUCUUAGGUGUGCACUGGCUAGAUAUAGUGGAUGUGGAUGUGAGUGGCAAAAUAAACAAAUGUUUGAGCCAGAAAUCAUGGAUUUGGCAAAGCCUAUUUUGUACCA